CGUGUAACAACACAUGGACGCUUGGAAGUAGGUGGAAGGAACCGCGUCCUUGUCUCCAUUAGUUCUGAGUGCGAUUACUGUGAUUUUUUGUUUUGCGUUUAAAGACAGGAGAUGACGAAACUUGGUUCUGUGCUUACCAUUUUAUCUCUUUUCGCAUGUGUAGUUGGAAAUACUGAGCGCGACGCAGACGAUCCUCACAGAGAGCCGUCAAAAUGUGAAGUGUGCAAAAUCUUUGCUACAGAACUACAGAGUGAAUUUGACAGAACUGGACGUUCCAAAGAAGUGAUUGGCGUGGGUCACCAGCUAGAUAAAAAGGGAGACAGGAAAAAAAUGAUCAAAUAUCACACUUCGGAGAUGCGAUUUAUUGAGGCCACUGACAAUAUUUGUGACAAGGUCCUAGAGUACAAUUUACACGCCGAAAGACAAGGAAGUCGCAGGUUUGCCAAGGGUCAGAGUGAAACGUUCGAAACAUUGCAUGGAUUGGUAGAUAAAGGAGUGAAAGUAGAUCUUGGAAUUCCGUAUGACAUGUGGGAUUUACCGUCAGCAGAAAUCACAUCUAUGAAAAAAUAUUGUGAAUCAUUGAUGGAAAGUUUUGAAGAUGACAUAGAAGAAUGGUAUUACCACCAUCAAAGUGAGGGUUCCUUGCUGACAUAUCUGUGUGAAGAAAGGGCAUUGCCAAAAGCAGAAACUGACCAGAAUUGA